UACAUUUGUGGGUAAUAUGUUAUUACAUUUGUGGGCAAUAUAGUUCUACAAUUGUGGGUUUAUUACAUUUGUGGGUAACUUGUUAUUACAUUUGUGGUUUAUUACAUUUGUGGGCUCUACAGGGGGUUCAUUUAGCUAUAAACGGAACCAUUUUAUCUUGGGUAGCUCGUCGUAGCUUAAUUUUAAUUUUUCUUAAUCAGACCCUCGGACCUUCAGUCGAAUGUGGGGUGGGUCUUCCGAACCGCCCCCUCCCCCCCCCCUGGCUACGGCUCUACACUGAGUGUAUUUUUUUUAAGUCUUUAAGGUCGUUAUUUUUAUUUUUAGUUAUUUUCUUUGCUAAGUUUUAAAAUUUUAUAGGUAGAAUUUUUUUUGGGGGGGGUCUAUCGCGCCCUCGUCAUGCUUGUGGUAGAGUACCACGAUUUUUUCUAUAAAGCACGCUGAACAGAACCCUGAUUACAACACAUAUAAAAUGUAUAUAUUCAAGAAAAUAUAGAGAAACGCAACCAUGAACGUUGACAGUAGAAAUAAUAUCACGGGUGGCAUAGUGAGACAAACAGCGUAUCGAUAAAUUUCCCCCAUAACUUUUUAUUUUUACGGACUUUAUGUUGAGUCAGUGAGGUAAAUUUCCCAAACAGUUUUUCAGAUAAUAUUUUCACUGCAAAUAUUAACUAGUUCGCGUGCUACAAUAAAAUAAAAACUUAGAGGGCAUCAAUAUUUGAAUUGGAUCCUUGCUUUCAGUUAACGUGAGAAAUUGUUAUAAUCUCUCCUCACUGUAGGAGAUCACAGCAGAAGUCUAAAGCGUAUAACAAACUCUCCUGUUCUUUAAAUUCUGUUUAGCUAAAUGCACCAUGUCUCGCAUGUUUGGAGUCUUGGUCUCCAAAAUCUGAAACACAAAAUCAACACCGCGACAGAGAACCCAUCAAAAUGACAUUUCCUGAGCUACUAUGGCUUGCAGGCAGGACAGAUGGGUCUGCUAUUGAAGCAACGAUUGAUUGAUAGUACAGCUCAUUUCUGAAGGCGCAGAAGCAGUUAUCAAGCUGGUGUUUAUAUUGAUGUAACUAAACAGGGGAAUGGAACAAGGGAAUUGCACAAACGUAAAAUAAGAUGAUUUUGUCCAGAGAAGCGAAUUUUAUUUGGAAGUUUCUUCUACUGUCAUUAUUUACCAGACAUGCACAGUGUUCUAUGGAGGGUCCGGUGCUGAAAAUGCUAUUUGAUGGUUAUGAUAAAGAGGCAAGACCUAACUGGGGAGGCCGCCCAGUGGAGGUCCGGACAGAUGCGAUUGUUGAAGCAUUUGGUAAUAUCCAGGAGGCGAAUAUGGAGUACCCUGUCCAACUGUACUUCCAUCAGUAUUGGACAGAUAAACGACUGGCAGGGAAACUCAACCUCAGCAUCACCCUGACGGGAUCUGCCGCGAGUAAUGCGUGGAAGCCUGAUCCGUACUGCUAUAACGCGCGCCAGUCGAAUAUGAUGCUGGAAGAUAAAGACGUAAACAGUAGACUCAGCAUAGACCCCGACGGGAAGAUCUUCUACAGCCGAGGGGUCUCUAUUGUCGCCUCAUGUGAGAUGGACCUGCACGACUUCCCUCUGGACACGCAGAACUGUUACCUUAAGUUUGGUAGCUAUGCGUUUACGGAUACAGACAUAUUCUUCCGAUGGAACAACCCAAAUAAACUUAGUCGUGUUCAAAAGAGCGACCUCGCCCAGUUUCACCUCGCAGGAUACGACCUGAUCACGGAAACUGGCAUCUAUGAAGAAGGUAACUACACUACCGUCAAAGUUAUCUUCAAGAUGAACCGCCGGGUGGGGUAUUACAUUAUUCAGGCGUAUUGCCCAGAUGUCCUGAUAGUGGUCCUCAGCUGGAUCAUCUUUUGGAUGGAUGUCAAGGACAUGGGGGACCGUAUGGCGCUAGGGAUCACGACGAUACUCACGAUCAUGUUCCUACUAGGGGCCGUGAACGCGUCCAUGCCCAAAGUUAGCUAUCCUAAAGCCCUUGACUGGUAUUUGAUGGUCUCGUUUGCCUUUGUGUUCUUGACGCUAAUUGAGAGCAUGAUAGUUUUCUUGCUGACCCCUCAAGGGGAAUCGGAGAAACCAAAAAAGACGUCAUGCUUGACUAAGAGGGUCGUCACCAUGCUAACCCCCGUCCUAAGACGACGCCCUAACUCCCAUGUCGUGACCACGCCCAACAAUCACGAGCUGAACAACAUCAGCCCAACAGACGCUGCCCUACUCAACCCUGAGGACGGGGGAGGACGAGAGGGACCGAACGGCACCAAGGCAUGCUGGGAUGAUCAUACGGGACACGUAAAGGAGUCUAAGUGCGCGGGUUAUCGAGUUGACCAGAUUUCGCGUGUUCUAUUCCCGUUGGCGUUCGUGGUUUAUAACGUUGCCUAUUGGUAUACGUAUUUAGAGAGAAUACCGGUGCUGGGAGAAUCUGAUAUAAUGUAACUGCAGUAA